CUCAGCCGCCUCCGUCCACCAUUACGGUGCCUCCACCUGCAGCUCCCAGGAGAUGGGCCGGGCGGUGUCUGCGUCCGUGAGCGUUUUUGCAGGGAGAAGCUGGAGUUUGAUUCUUCCUUUUCACUAAAGUAGCGGGCUUGGGACUGGGAUGUCAGAAAUUCUGGCUUCUGGCCUCUAAUGCUGGCCAAGAAGGGAAGGGAAAGGUGUGGACCACUCCUCACCUCACUGCUUCCUCAAUAUUCUCAGCCUAGGGAUGGGGAAGAUCAACCCUUCUCCCCUCCCACAGGGAUGAUAUGAGGUUAAAGAGAUUUAUCUUCCCCCGAAUCAAUUCGAGAGGGUAAAUAGAGACAUUCGGGUAAACUGCUUCACCAGGGAUGGGUGGUUAUGAAUGUAUUCACUGCUUUGGCAAGAGGUUGUCAGGAAUGAUUUUGAAAGCUUGAGUGCUACGACUCUAUCUUUUUCUUUCUCUUGUCCCUCGGUCACCCGGAAUGGGGCAGACACCCAGCAGGUGCUCAAUGCACAUUAAGCAACAUGGGGAGCUGCCCGUUUCUCGUGUUUAUGGCAUCAGUCUUUGAUAGAACCCUUUCCUUGGAAAAGGAUGCUGCAGUUUCUGGGUAGGGUGUUUCUAGUUUAAGAAUAUUUUAAUGAAGUUAUUAAAGCAGAAUUUUACAUCUUUGGAAAUUGAUUCAACAGUCAUUAAGCUUAGUUUUCAGUGAUCUUGGCAUUCAUGGAGUCAAUGGAAAGACGGUAAUUCCUUUUUGCAAUUUGGAGAAACUGAGACACAUUUUAUUCCUUAAGAUUUAAUUCAACAAAUAGCAAGAUGAAAUAUUCUUUGAAAAAUAAAACUUGUGCCUAAACAUACACACUUAAUUCUUCAUCAUCAAAUAGGAGUCUUUUGAGACACUACAUUUAUUUCAGUGAUGCUACCAUUAGCAAAACUUUGUUGCAUUUCCAUUUGAAAUUGUCUUAAGAGCCGGUGGCACAAUGUUAGUGAUGGCAAGUCUUCAUCUUUUGAAGGAGUGUUUCCUUGCUUGAAGGCCAGAAGUUGUUUGGAACAAAUCCAUGUGAUGAAGGGAGGUGGGUGGAGGUUGGCAAUGCUCAAAUUUGGCUCUACUAUUUUUGGUUGAAAAUGUCUCAUGAUCAACACCCGUGAAAAGAAGGGAAAAAAUAAGAAAAUAUUUCGUGAGUAUAAACUUCGGGCUCAGAAUCAGGUUCUGAAAAAAGGUGUUGUGGAUGAACAAGCAAAUUCUGCAGCUUUAAAGGAGCAACUGAAAAUGAAGGAUCAGUCAUUGAGAAAACUACAACAGGAAAUGGACAGUUUGACAUUUCGAAAUCUGCAGCUUGCCAAGAGGGUAGAACUACUUCAAGAUGAACUAGCUCUAAGUGAACCACGAGGAAAGAAAAACAAGAAAAGUGGAGAAUCUUCUUCUCAGUUGAGUCAAGAGCAGAAGAGUGUCUUUGAUGAAGAUCUGCAAAAGAAGAUAGAAGAGAAUGAACGGUUGCAUAUACAAUUUUUUGAAGCUGAUGAGCAGCACAAGCAUGUGGAAGCGGAGCUGAGGAGUCGACUGGCCACUCUGGAGACAGAAGCAGCCCAGCACCAAGCUGUGGUUGAUGGUCUCACCCGGAAGUACAUGGAAACCAUUGAGAAGCUGCAGAACGACAAGGCUAAACUAGAAGUAAAAUCUCAGACUCUAGAAAAGGAAGCCAAGGAAUGUCGACUUCGAACGGAAGAAUGUCAAUUACAGUUAAAGAAUCUUCAUGAAGAUUUGUCAGGUAGAUUGGAGGAAUCCUUGUCAAUCAUCAAUGAAAAAGUACCUUUUAACGAUACAAAAUAUAGUCAGUAUAACGCUCUGAACGUUCCACUCCACAAUAGGAGACACCAGCUGAAGAUGCGAGAUAUUGCUGGGCAGGCCCUGGCUUUUGUUCAGGAUCUUGUGACGGCUCUUCUAAACUUUCAUACCUACACAGAACAGAGGAUUCAAAUUUUUCCUGUUGAUUCUGCCAUUGACACUAUAUCUCCAUUGAAUCAGAAGUUCUCACAAUACCUUCAUGAAAAUGCAUCCUAUGUCCGCCCUCUUGAGGAAGGAAUGCUUCAUUUAUUUGAAAGUAUCACUGAGGAUACUGUGACUGUCUUGGAGACAACUGUGAAAUUGAAAACUUUUUCAGAACACUUAACCUCCUACAUAUGUUUUCUUAGGAAGAUUCUUCCCUAUCAGUUAAAAAGUUUAGAAGAAGAAUGUGAAUCCUCUCUUUGCACAUCUGCGUUAAGAGCCAGGAAUCUAGAGCUGUCCCAGGACAUGAAAAAGAUGACAGCUGUGUUUGAGAAGCUGCAGACUUACAUAGCUCUUCUUGCCUUGCCAAGUACAGAGCCAGAUGGACUCCUUCGGACAAACUACAGUUCUGUGUUAACAAAUGUUGGUGCUGCUCUGCAUGGAUUUCAUGACGUUAUGAAAGAUAUUUCCAAGCAUUAUAGUCAAAAAGCUACAAUAGAGCAUGAACUUCCAACAGCAACACAGAAGCUGAUAACAACUAAUGACUGUAUCCUGUCAUCAGUAGUGGCAUUAACAAAUGGAGCAGGAAAGAUUGCAUCCUUCUUCAGCAACAAUUUGGACUACUUCAUUGCUUCACUGAGCUAUGGACCUAAGGCAGCGAGUGGAUUCAUUAGUCCUCUUUCAGCUGAAUGCAUGCUACAGUAUAAGAAAAAAGCUGCUGCCUAUCUGAAGUCUUUGCAAAAGGUUCAACAGAGUUUGGAAAAGAUUUCUAAACUGGAGCAGGAAAAAGAACAUUGGAUGUUGGAAGCACAAUUAGCCAAAAUCAAGCUAGAGAAAGAAAACCAGCGAAUUGCAGAUAAGCUGAAGAAUACAGGUAGUGCCCAGCUGGUUGGGCUGGCCCAGGAAAAUGCUGCCAUGUCAAAUGCUGCUGGCCAGGAUGAAGCCACAGCUAAGGCUGUGUUGGAGCCCAUUCAGAGGACCAGUCUAGUUCCAGAUGUGGAAUCUCGUGAAGACUUAAUUAAAAAUCACUACAUGGCAAGGAUAGUGGAACUUACGUCUCAGUUGCAGCUGGCUGACAGUAAGUCAGUGCAUUUUUAUGCUGAGUGCCGAGCACUCUCUAAAAGACUGGCCUUGGCUGAAAAGUCUAAGGAAGCAUUGACAGAAGAAAUGAAACUUGCCAGUCAGAACAUCAGCAGACUUCAGGAUGAGCUGACAACUACCAAGAGGAGUUACGAGGAUCAGUUAAGUAUGAUGAGUGACCACCUGUGCAGCAUGAAUGAGACAUUAUCUAAACAGAGAGAAGAGAUUGACACACUAAAGAUGUCCAGUAAGGGGAAUUCUAAAAAGAACAAGAGUCGAUAGUUUUGAAAUAGCUGGUUGGCGACUGUUCUUUCCAGACCUGCUCCUGCUGCACAGAGCCGCAGGGCUGAGACCACGUCCAUGCUGGCUGCCUUCAGGAAGCUAAAGUAUUGUUGGACCUAGUAAACUAGUCAGUGUUGGAAAUGGCCUGGAAAUACUUAAAACAUAUUUGUAACCAGCGAGGCAAAUACAGAAGUUGAUGUCGGCAGUAAAUGGAAAACAAUACAUAUAUCAUGGAUAUUGUAGGUUUCCUUAUGCUGUUUUUACUGUGCACUUUUUAAAAUUUGGUUUUAAUUUCAGUAUGUAAGAACAACAAAUAUUUUGUAUACUUUCAAACUCAAUUAUAUGGUAAUCGAUUUGGUAUCUAUGGAAUAGAUAUAUGUUUCUGGAAAAAAAUGCUUAAAUUGUCAAACUGUCAUUACUUCUUACUAUAGUUGAAGGCAUUCUCCAGAUUCUUUUUAAAAGAUUUGUUCAUAUUUCCCUCUCUCUCUCUCUCUCUCUCUCUGUCUAUUUCUUUCUCUCUCUCUUCUUUCUCUCUGAGGGGGAGGGAGCCCUGCAAACUUCAGAUCCUGUGGGUUUAGUAUCAUUAUCUUCAGCUCUUUGAUACCCUGUGUUAGAGUAAUAGCUAAAGGAAGUUCAUGUCAAUAAAUUCACACUUAUAUCACA